CAUGCUCAGUACCAGGCUCGGCUUCUUCUCCAAGGGGGAAGCCGCCCCACAUAGCGCGUCUUGUCCCAGGGUACCCCGCGCGGCUGUCAUGGCCGCCUCCUUGUGCCGGUAUCCGCACAUGGGGUCCUAAGGCUGUGGGUAUAUUUUCGGUAACUGUCGCCACUAGGCUUCGGCAUCUUUGGACACUCCUCCUUUCGCUUUCUUUUGUUGGCUUCUGUGUGACCCUCGUAGAAGCUCGUUUUGUCUGCAGCGAUGUCUGGGGUGAUGUGGACCCCAGAGCUGGCAGUUCUGAGGGGCUUCCCCACUGAGGCUGAGCAGCAGCAGUGGGAGCAGGAGGGGAUCGCCGGCUCAGAGAAUGGAUCUUUCCUACAAUUGCUGCUAGAAGGGAGCUAUGAGGCCAUAUUCUCAAAUGCAAUGACUCAAAAUAUUUUUAAUUCAACAACCAUGACUGAAGAAAAGAUUGACAGCUACCUGGAGAAGCAGAUAGUAACAUUCCUGGAUUACUCUUCAGAUCUGGAUGAAAUGGAAAGACAACAUCUGAUGUUCAUACUUGGUGUGAGCAGUUUGCAACUUUUUGUUCAGAGUAACUGGAUGGGGCCUCCUGUGGAUUUGCACCCUCAGGAUUUUUUGCCAUCUGUUUUGUUCCAGCAAUUCAGUGAGGUCAAAGGACUGGAUGCAGUUGUUCUGAGCCUGCUCAUUCUGGACGGUGAAUCAAUCUAUAGCCUGACCUCAAAGCCCAUACUGCUAUUAUUAGCUCGCAUUAUUCUUGUGAAUGUACGACAUAAACUGACAGCUAUUCAGAGCUUGCCAUGGUGGACUUUGAGAUGUGUGAAUAUUCACCAGCAACUGCUUGAGGAACGCUCACCUGAGCUUUUUGCUCUCGCUGAAAACUGUAUUGAUCAAGUGAUGAAACUAGAAAAUCUGUUUGAAGGUGAUUCAGGUCAAUUUUUGGCUAUUCAAUUCCAUCUGGAAUGUGCAUAUGUAUUUUUGUAUUAUUAUGAGUAUAAAAAGGCAAAAGAUCAGUUCAGUAUUGCCAAAGACAUCAGCAAAUUACAAAUUGAUUUGACAGGUGCUUUGGGAAAGAGGACACGAUUCCAGGAAAAGUACAUAGCACAAUUGAUUCUAGAUGUAAGAAGGAAAGGGGAUGCCCUUUCAAAUUGUGAAUUCAGUCCAGCACCCACUCCUCAGGAUCAUUUAACCAAG